CCAACAAGGAAAACAAAUAAAACAUGGAUAAGAAACUCGCCACUAAUCUAUCUCUCGUCCUUGUAGCGACGACCGCAAUAUUUGGCACGGUAUGCACACCGAAAGCAAAUGCUCGUAGCAAUAGCAACCACUCACCCUCCCCACAGGGCACCAUCUUUCGUGACGAAAAGAUGGACUACACACCGCCGGCCCCACCAUCCACCGGCCGCUAUCGGAGGCUCGUCGCUAACCACCGAAACACUUCCUCCUCCACCGACCAUCCCAACUGCGGGGAAGAGGCCGGAGGGCGAAGCUGCAAAAAGGGUCUCUGCUGCAGCCAGUGGGGAUACUGCGGCAGCACGGAUGAUCACUGCGGGUACAAAUGUCAACCUCGUUAUGGCUCCUGUGGCCACGGUGACGACGGUAGCGAACCGCCGUCUCCAGCGCCUUGUUCGUGCGACGCGGCUGAGUAUUCGGUGUUGGAUGAGUCAUCAGCUGUCCUUGAUCACGACGACGAAGGUAGCUGCGGCAAAGAGGGCGGCGGGGGCACGUGCCGCGACAAUCUUUGUUGCAGUAAAUAUGGAUAUUGUGGAAGUAGGGUUGAAUAUUGUGGGGCCGGAUGUCAGAGUGGUUACGGACGCUGCCAUGGCGGCGGAGGCGGAGGCACUCCUCCAGGCGGCGGGGGGCACACUCCUCCGCCUCGACGCCACACUCCUCCGCCUAGGCACCACACUCCGCCUCAGCACCACAGCCCUCCUCCGAGUUCUAGUGCUCCAUCGCCCUGUACUUGUUAGUUAGUACGAGAUGUUGAUUGCGGAGGAUGCGAUGGUAUAAAGGGUAACUACGCAG